AUGGCAUCUGCAUACAAAAAAGAUGGUGGACAUUCUGGGCCUCCACCGCGAAAGAAAGUAAAGACCUCAGAAUUACCACUUGCAUCUGCGACAAGAGCCGCCAUUGAAGGAUUGGCUCAUACAUAUAAGAAAAAGGGUACUUAUGAUGAAUUGAGGACCAAGAUUUGGCAGGAGUUGGAGAAAGGUGAUUUUGAGGAUAAGUUCACGAGUUCUUUAUUGAGUGUUGCGGAGGAGCAAUUAGAGAAGGACCCUGGGCAAUUACUCAGAUUAGAGCGCAGUAAGGCUACGUUACUUAUUGAGGGAGCUGUAGAUCGUGCGGGUAUCUAUCAAUCUGCGGAGGCGACAAUCGACAAAUUAAUUCAAGCAUAUAUUCCAGAGAUCGAGGAAGGGGUUCGCACGAUUCGCAAAAGUGAUAUUGGGGAAGAAGCGGCGGAAAGGGAGUUUUUGAAAGGAGGCAAAACAGAUGAGCAGUAUGCUGAGGAGGCUGCGAGUAAGAGAGCGGCGAGGGAGAAAGUUAGGGAAGAGUUAAAAGAGAAGGAGAAGGCGAUCGCGGACGAGAAGAGAAAACAGGAAAAACUGAAGAGGAGAGAGGAGGAAAAGAGAAUUGAGGCCGAUCAGGAGAGGAAGAGGGAGGCUAGAAAGAAGGCGGAGUUGGAGGCGGAAGAAGAAAGGGAGAGAGAGCGGGAAAAGGAGGAUAAGGAGAGAAGAGAAAGGAGGGAGAGAGAUCGCGCUAGGGACAGGGACAGGGACAGGGAACGGGACAGAGAAAGAGAUCGCGACCGCGAUAGAGAUAGAGAUAGGGGUCGGGAUAGGGAUAGGGAUAGGGAUAGGGAUAGAGAUGACCGAAGAAGAAGAUAUGAUGACGACAGACGCAGGGAUUCUGCCGGUCUCCGAACGCCAGCCUCGAAGCCAGAGUUAUCCAAGGAAGAAAUUGAACGACUCGAACAAGAGGCUCUUAAUGAUCUUUUGAAGGAAGGCAAGAAGGUUGCUCAAAGGUCUAGACAUCAAUUGGAGUUGGAGAUUGAUGAGACCUUAGCACCACCCCCUCGAAAGGCAAUGCCUGCAUCGGCCAUUAAACCAAUAUCUCGGGAUACUGCGUCGAAGACAACCGAACUUAAGAAGACUGCAGUUGCUAAGCUCAAGGAAGAAUCCGGUUCGAAAACACCUCAAGGCGCUGAUGGAAAAUCAGCGGUAGAAAAGGCGAAGGAGUCCAGUCACGACAAAGGAGGUAGUCAAGGAAUUCAAACUCCUGAGGUGGUUAAGGAUGCCAAUAAGGUUAGGGAAGAAACCAAGACUACAGGGGCAAAUCAUGAUGACCGCAAAGACAAAGACGAACGCUCACGUCGUGGAAGUCGAGAUCGGGAUGAUAGAAAACGACGGGAUAGCAGAGAUCGGGAUCGCGAUCGAGAUAGAAGAGAUAGUCGAGAUCGGGAUCGAAGUGAUUAUCGAAGACGUAGGUCAAGUAGAGACCGCGAUGAUAGAAGGGAUAGAGAUCGUCUUCGAUCCAGGUCUCGUGACCGACGAAGAAGUUACAGAUCGCGAAGUCGUGACCGAUUGGGUGACCGAGACCGUGAUACGAGACGUACAGAAAGCAGUGUAACCAGAACAAGCACUUCAAACCUCGAUGCAGAAUCUUUCAAAGUUGCUGCGGCACAAGCCAGAGCAGAGGAAGCUCGAAAGUGGAACGAGGAACGAAAAAAUCAACCACUGUUACCUAAUCCAUCGGCGAGGAAGGAAGAGGCUGUUGCUUCUACACCUAGAGCGAAAGAUGAUGUCAGAAUGAGCAGUCCUGUUUCGACUAGAAAACGAGAAACUUCAAGGGAUAGGGAAAGUCACAGAAGAGAAUCUCGCGUGAGAAGUAGAUCACCCACCGCGAGACGAAGUAGUCGAAUCGAGAGGAGCACUAGUCCGAUUAAUAUCGAUCGUUAUGUACCGGGUGCAACUGGACGAAGGGAAAGUGCAGCAGAAAGGAGUUCACCGAGAAAGAGGGAGAGGAGUAGAGAUAGGGAAAAGGAGAAGAGACCUAGGGAUGAUGAAAGGGCGAGAAGGAGGAGUCGCUCACCUGAUGACAGGAGGGAUAGGGAUAGAGAUGGACAUGCUAGAAGGUAUAGGAGUCGAAGCAGGGAUCGGGACAGGAGGAGAGACCGAAGUAGAAGUAGGGAUAGAGAUAGGGAUCGGAAGAGGGAAAGGAGUAGGAGUCGAGAUAGGAAGGAGAGGGAUAGGGAUCGGGGGGAUAAGGAUAAAGAUCGCGACAGAGACAGGGAUCGAGAGAGGAAAAGGGAUAGAAGUAAAGAGAGUAGGAGAGAAUCGAGGCGGGAUUAA